GGCCGAAAGUUCGGCCGGUGCGCCGCACACAAGCGUUUACCUAACGCUAAUAUGCACGAUCCACUUCGCCAACUGCCCGCCCACCCGCACCACAGUUUCCCCGCCUCCGCUCGCUGCCCCGCCUCCGCCGCUCGCCCCGCCCGCCGCCUUCCCUUCACGCCGCCCCCGCUCAGCCUCGCCUCCGCCCGCUCGCCUCCCUCCCCGCCCCCUCGCGGCCUCGCCGGAUCUCCCCGCCGCCUCGCCGGAUCUCCCCGCUUCCCCAUACAUCGCCCUCACCGCACCGGCGCGCUCCUCACUUCCCCGAGCAGGCGACCCAGGCUGCCUCUGCCAUUGGAACCACCACCUCAUCCUUAUAUGAGCCGUCGUCGGAGCCAUGACUGUGGGCCGACUUUUGCCGCCGUUGCCGCCGCUGGGAUCAUCCUACUUGUUCCUCCACGCGCCACCAAUACAAGCUGCGGAACCGCUGCCGGCACAGCCCUCAGCCGCAUGAAGGAAUUGUCGCCACCUCUUACAGGUUCUUAUGUCAACCACAACGAGCGAGAGCAAUUUAUAGGGCACCAGAUUUGCACAGCAAGAUCUAACAUCGACAGGGUGGAUGCAUGCACCUUCACCGCUUGCAGAGGAAAUGGAAAGAGAGGUGGAGCUGGUGCAGGCUUUCCAGGCCGUGGAGGCGGCCGCGCAGAGGUUCUUCGUCACGUACCACCAGGUCGUGGCGGCGGUGUGUGCCACGAUGGAGGCUUCGGGCAAACAGGCGCUGUUCGUACCAGCGAGCUCCACAUUCUGGUUCGACAUCUGGUGAGCGAGAUCAAAAAUGGAUCGAUGAGUGUCAGCAUCCUUGGUUCUGAAGCAAUUCGUGAAGCGUCUCCGGCCAGAACAAUCUGGUGCUUACAGAGUAUUGUUUACCUAGACGCCAUGUUGCUAGAUAAGUAUAAACACUGGGACUAUCAAGAAGCUGGCCAAGAUGUUCUCAAUAUGCCGCAUCUGGAACGUCUAGGAAAAGAUUAACCAUCUGAAGACUCAGUUAUCUGGUUUUAUUUAAAAUGAAGUUGUGUGUGUGGGGAGAGCAAUAAAUUCGUGUAUGAACUACCUGUGUUGGUAAGAAUUUAGGUGUUCCUAAAAUUGAUUAGAUGAUUAACUUGAUCUUGUUAGUCAGCUGGUUGUAACUAACAUAGUACACUCUUUUGUUUCCAUCGAAAGAUAAAAUAUGCCAGGAAUGAUGUGUUAUCGAUAAUUUUUGGGUUCACUGAACC